AGGAGCCGUAUGCAACGUUGCGCGGGCGCCGCGUGCCACACAACUCGCUUCGUUUUGUUCCACUCGGUUCUAGUCCGCCUUGCCGGUCACGCGUGUAUUCCAUCGGAAAUACUUUCGGAUAUUUCUCAACACGUGGUCCUAUUAUCAAUAAGUCGACCCGACGUUCUUAGAAAACGAUAAUGGGCCGAUAACGGCUAAUUGCUCCCAGUUGUUAUCGUGAAACAGAUCGCGAGUGCAGUGUCAAUCAAGGGUGUGAUGGCCGAAAAUCGUGCGCUUAUACCCGAGCCUGUCACCAUGUACACCCAGACGGAAGCAUUGAAGGAUGCGAAGGACCUAUCUAAGAACUUAAUGAGUGAAGAUUACGAGCGACAAUACGCGGGUACGGAAAGGGUUAACCGAAGGCGGCACGGGUGCAUCGUCUUCGGCGUGACCGUAGGGGCUUUAGCGGUUUGGUUACUGGCUCUUACAAUUGUUCGAGAGAUACAACUGACUCAUCUCCGAGAAGAGGUUGAUGAGCUUACUGCAAACAUGAUAGCGAUGUCAGCUAACGUGAUGUCUCUUAACCAGAAACUCGAAAACAACAAGUUAUUUAACGAAUUUAAAGCUCUGGAAGACACGAUUUACGCUGAUGAUGACCAAGACAGCAAUCUAGUUGAGAACCCUAAAGGCGCAAACAAGGACAAACAGAGCUUCGAGUCCCUAGAAAAAUUACAUGGCUUAACUGUUUUAGAAGAUGAUACCCAGCUUGCUGACGAUGAAGAUAUAUACGAUGAUGAUGAAGACGCGGAGAGUGGUGACUGGUACCCCGAUUAUGAUCGGCGGCGGGAAAAAGUAAGUGGAUUUAAAACAAUGCAAUUCUACAUUGGUACAACCAAUAUGGUACGUUUGAAACCUGAAGACUUUACCGAUUCAGUUGCGAUCGUCAAACAGGGUCAGGCGUCCAACAUUAAAGAAAUUAAACGCUUACUGAAUGAGAACCCGGAGAUACCUGACAGUGCGUUACCGUCCUUAUUUCCGACGACAGAAGCAAACCAAAGCACUCGUGACAAACGUAGUGUGUUCCCUGACAGCACUUCUGAGAAAAUCGUUGACUUUUCGGCACCUAAAUCUAUUUCCAAAACGGAAGAGAGGCGUAAAACGAAAAAAUUCAUUCCAAGCGAUACUUCUGGCAAGUUGUCUCUACACACCGUGUCCAGAACUGUCAGGAACAGUAAUGAUGAGGAAGGUCAGAGAAGGCCCUUCAUAGCUGCUCACUUCCACGGCAACACGUCACAUCUCAGUACCGAGAUUCACGAACAUUUCAAAGGAAACGGUCUAGUCCGUGUUGCUCACGGCGCGCCACACGACGUGUGGUACCCCGCGCCCUGGACCGUCGCGUCGCCGCACCCACGGCCUACUCUCACCCGGACCGGCCACAUCCACGUCCACCACACCGGUGUCUACCUCGUUUACGUGCAGAUCUAUUAUCUGGAUAGCCACGAUAUAAUUUCGUGGGUCUUACACCGCACAAACGCAUAUAUGGAUGAAAGGGAAACUCUGCUUCAAUGCGCUCAGUCCUCCCACUCCACUGAACGUUUAGAUAAACCGAACUCCUGUUUUUCUGCUGCGGCUCUCUUCUUGAAAGCUGGAGACAGACUCGCGGUGAGAAAUACCGGUGGAGAUAGACACUCUUUGAUGCAGCCAGAAAAGAGCUUCAUAGGUCUCGUUAAACUGGCUGACGCUGCUGAUCCGGUCGAGGAAUUCUAGUUGAGAUAAUAAUACUAUUGACGUUGUUCGCCAUGUGUUAUUCGAUAUUUCGAAUCGAAUAAAUUUAAGGAUAAUUGGAUAUCCGUAUUAAUAAAUUUUAUUUAUGUAUUCUUUAUGGUAAAUCAGAACGAUAUCGUUACCGUUAGUGGACAUUUGGUAUGGAGUUUCUUUGUUAUAUUUAUGUUACAGUAUGUCAAUUGUAAGCAUAUUCUUGCCCAGACUUACUACAUAUAAUAUAGUGUUAUUUAUUUAGUAGUCAAAGAAGUGCCAUUUUGGGAAAUCGAUCAUGUUAAUUAAGUCUUACGUUUAAGUUUGAUACAUUAUUAUUAUUGUCAAAUUUAUAACAACAAUAUUUUUGUGUUAUAUAGCAUUUGUAUGUGUGCGUACUUAUUUUGAUAUUCAUGUUAUUUUUCGAGAAUAUUUUACUGAAAGAAACGCGCAGAUGUCGAUUGUCGUUUAAAAAUCGAAUUGUUACCGUUGGGCUGAUUUUAAUAAUUAUUUAAUCUUUUUUAUAUUUUCAUAGUAUCAACAUUUACGCAUUAAAGUGCAACAUUUAAACUUAUUCUUAGGCUUUAAGUUAUAUAUAAAAGCUAACGAAAUGUUUACGAAAGAUCUGUUAUGCCAUUGAUAUUUUAAGUUAAAUAAUUUAUUCGUGCCUACAUUUAGUAACUUUUAUGCGAUUAUUUUUUGAAAAAGUUAAUGCAACACUGCAUUGUGAAUAUUGAAUAUAUGUUGUAAGAUUAAAGUAGUACAAAA